AUGAACAACGACACCCCCGACGAAAGGGAUAGUUCAGACGACGAGUCCGAGAGGUAUUGUAGGAGAAAGCGGAGGAGACAGACAGCUACGAAUCCAAACGAGGAUCCAAGGAGACAGGCUUCAGAGGAGAGCGCAAGGCCAGAUGAGGUGUUCACGAAGCGGAAUUUCCCAAACAAGAAAAAGGAUGCGCCAGUGUUCGGACCACGUGUUGGGUCGAAACGGAGGCGUGUUGAGCAGACGAAGAAAGACCCUGAUUUUAAGUCGCCGGAGCCGAAUCGCAAGAUACCGUUGGAUACGAUGAGCGAACUUAGCGAGGACGAACAGGUUGCCGCCACACUGAUGACCAUGGGCGACCACGGUUUCGGAGCGUGGUGCUUACCACCAGAUCGUCGUGAGCGCUUACUUCGCGAUUACGAGGCUAAAAUGGGUGGGGAGGAAACCGACGAUGACGAGGAGCAAAGCACAUGA